AUGCAGCUCAAUCACCUCUGCAUUGUUCUUCCACCAAAUUCCGGUGAAAUGGAUCAACCUGAUCAGAAGCCUUUUCAACUACCAAAGAAACAAGUCAAGGCUCCUCAUCAUCAUAGAGGUUGUGGGAGGCAAGUAGUUUCUUUGCUCCAAGAUUCUUUGAGGAAGUUAUACGGCUUAAAAGGGUGGACAAUUUGCAAGCAUGGAGUGAAGAAAGAGAAGUGUUCUGGCGGCGGCGCCUUUCACGACAUGGACGGGGUGCAAGUUUCAGCCAAGAUAGGACGGGACAACCCCAGGAUUUUCAGCUAUGCAGAACUCUUCAUAGGGUCCAAAGGUUUCAGCGAAGAGCAAGUUCUUGGAAGUGGAGGGUUCGGAAAAGUUUACAAGGCGGUUUUGCCGAGUGACGGAACUAUUGUAGCCGUUAAAUGCUGCUUGGCGGGGAAAGGGAAGCAAUUUGAGAAGAGUUUUGAAGCAGAGUUAACGGCGGUUGCGGAUCUUCGCCACAAGAAUCUUGUGAGGCUUAGAGGAUGGUGUGUUCAUGAAGAUCAGUUGCAUCUUGUAUAUGACUACAUGCCUAACAGCAGCCUUGACCGUAUACUCUUCCGGAAGCAGGAGAAUUCGAAGAUUGAGCUUCUUGAUUGGGAACACAGAGUGAAAAUUGUGAAAGGUUUGGCGGCGGCAUUGCAUUAUCUCCAUGAACAAUUGGAAACUCAAAUCAUUCAUAGGGAUGUGAAGACCAGCAAUGUGAUGCUUGAUUCGCAUUUCAAUGCCAAACUAGGUGACUUUGGCAUGGCAAGGUGGCUAGAACAUGAGCUUGAGUUCAAGCCGAGAAAAAUAUCAACAAGAAUUGACAAUUUCCGUUUGGGAGACACGUCGAGAAUCGGAGGAACGAUUGGGUAUCUCCCCCCUGAAAGCUUGCAGAAAGCAGGCAAUGCUACUUCGAAAUCCGAUGUCUUCAGCUUCGGAAUAGUUCUUCUAGAAGUGGCUUCUGGAAGGAGAGCCAUAGACCUGGCUUAUCCAGAUGAUGAAAUUAUUUUGCUUGAUUGGAUGAGAAGACUCUCCGAUGUAGGGAAGCUUCUGGAAGCAGGGGAUACACGGCUUCCAGAUGGUUCCUACAAGCUUUCAGAGAUGCAGCAUCUCAUUCACAUUGCUCUUCUCUGCACUCUCCAAGAACCGCAGCUGCGUCCCAGCAUGAAAUGGACUGUGGAAGCACUUUCCGACGUGUCAUGCAAGUUGCCAGCCCUCCCUUCGUUUCAAUCUCACCCUCUAUACAUCUCUCUGUCAUCCGCAUCGGAGACUAGUCAUAGCAGCGCAAGCGGCAACAGCUUUGCUACCGAGAAUAACUAUCACACAGCUGCAGGGGAAACCGUAUACAUAACCGCCGAAAACAGAAUCAGUGAGAUCAUGUCUUCAAGGAGCACCAAUCAACAGCGGCGAUUUCCUGUGCUGGAGACGCCAAGGGAGAUAUCAUUCAAGGAAAUCGUUUCAGCUACAGACAAUUUUUCAGAUUCAAGGAGGGUGGCAGAGCUAGACUUUGGAACUGCUUAUCAUGGAAUCCUACAUGGCAAUUGCCAUGUUUUGGUGAAACGCCUCGGGAUGAAAACUUGCCCUGCGUUGCGUGACAGAUUCUCCAAUGAACUCCGGAAUCUAGGAAGGCUUCGCCAUAGGAAUUUGGUGCAACUUCGAGGAUGGUGCACCGAGCAAGGCGAGAUGCUUGUUGUGUAUGACUACUCAGCUAGAAGAAUUCUGAGUCAAAUGCUUCUCCGUCAUAACAAUCAUAGAUCCGGAGAUUCUUCUGUCCUUCAGUGGCAUCACAGGUAUUACAUAUCGAAAACGCUUGCUUGUGCAGUUCUGUAUCUACAUGAGGAGUGGGAUGAGCAAGUCAUUCAUAGAAACAUUACCUCUUCAGCUAUCAUUCUUGAGCAAGAUAUGAAUCCCAGACUUGGUUGUUUUGCUCUUGCUGAGUUUUUGUCAAGGAAUGAACACGGCCACCAUGUAAUCACAGACACUAGCAAAUCGGCUCGCGGCAUUUUUGGCUACAUGUCACCAGAAUACGUGGAAUCCGGCGAAGCAACGCCCGCAGCUGAUGUUUACAGUUUCGGAGUUGUGGUUCUUGAAGUUGUAAGUGGACAGAUGGCAGUAGACUUUAGGCAGCCGGAGGUUCUGUUGGUGAAGAAAGUUCAUGAAUUCGAGAUGCGAAAAAGGCCAUUGAAGGAAUUAGCAGACAAAAGACUCAAUGGAGAGUACAAUGAGAAAGAACUGCUGAGAUUGAUAAGACUGGGAAUCGCAUGCACCCGCUGUGACCCACAAUUAAGGCCAAGCAUGAGGCAAAUUGUAAGCAUCCUUGAUGGCAAGGACAGCUUACUCGUCGAACCGAACAAAGAGAGCAGGGAAGAAUGGAGAGAAAGAAAUGCAAUUUCUUUGUCACUCAUUAGGAGAAUCCAAGCUCUAGGAAUACAGUAA